AGUAGUAGUUUAUCCUCCAGUACACAUGAGGGCAGCACUAGAAAGUUAUUUUUCCUUUUGUCCCACCUUCUCCGAAAACAUGGCUGCUCCCAUGGCUGUCAGACGAGAAUUGUGUUCUUUGGCAAGGAUAUUUAGUGGAGUUUCACAUUUGGGACCGAGAGCUUUGGGCGCCUGUUCAGGUCACAGGAAAUGUAAUAUAAAAAGGUCCCGUCUCCCAUUGACAUCCAGCACUUUCUUCCACACAGCAACAGUGUUUUCAUCAACACCUUCAUCAAUUGCUGUCACAGAGGAGCCUGACACACUGUUUCAGAAGGUGUCACUGUUGGUCAAAGGUCAUGACAGAGCCGUGUUGGACAGCUAUGAGUUCUUUGCCACCAUGGCAGCUAAAGAGCUGGGCAUCACCAUCAACAAAGUUUAUGAACCUCCAAAGGACAUGGAGAGGUUUACACUCCUGAAGUCAGUUCACAUCUUCAAAAAACACAGGGUCCAGUAUGAGAUGAGGACACACUACCGGUGCAUCGAGCUGUCUCACAUAACAGGCUGCACAGCACAGGUAUACCUUGAAUACAUCCAGAGGAACCUCCCUGAAGGUGUAGCCAUGGAGGUGACAAAGACUGCCAUGGAGAAGGUUCCAGAUCACAUCCUUGAACCCAUGUGGAAGGACCACCCCAUUGACGACAAACCCAGCCAGUGAAUUCAUUAAUGAGCAACAGAUGCUUAUUGGAUGUCUUUUCUCAGACAUCAGUGAUUAUGUUGGGCAAAUGGGAAGACAUGAAACAAUGCAAUAUUAAUAUAUGCUUGUCAUGGACUCGUGAACUUUGAACAAUAUCAUCAAUACAGAGUUUAACACCACAGAAAAAGGACUUACAUUCGUUAUGUCAACAUGUAAUGGUGUAACAGUCUUCAUUUUCUGGCAGCUGUGUGUUUUCAUUGUCUUCUCUGUGGCAAAACAGUGUGGGAUCAAUUGUAUGUUGUAAUUUUUUCUCAAUAAAUAAAUUCUGCGUUUAAUGACAA